AUGUUACAAGCUAUCACUCUCUUACGACAUUCUCAUUUAUGGGACCAAUCAAUUGAGGUUGGAUUAAAAGAGUGGAUGUCUGAAUAUUAUGUUUGGUUUUCCACUUCAAAACUUGGAAGAAAAGAGGGUAAAGCAUUCAAUAAUCAUGGGACAUUUUACGACAUGCAAGCCUUAUAUUUAUUGGAAUUUCUUGGUCGUCAUGAUGAAGCCAAAGAAUAUGCACAAACUAGUAUCAAAAAUAGAGUAGAUAAAGGUAUUCUACCAAGCGGUGAACAACAUUAUGAAACAGAACGAACGGCAAGUUGGUUUUAUUCAAUUUUUAAUUUACAAGGCCUAUUCUUGCUAGCAGAAAGGUGUGACCGUUUUGGUUGUACGAUUAACGGUCAGAGUGGAUGGAAUUAUGAAGGUCCAGAGAAACAAAGCAUUCAGAGAGCUGUAGAUUUCUUAUUACCAUUUGCGCUUAGUGGCGGGGAAGGUUGGACAAAGAAAAAUAUCAAAGGAUUUGAGAUUAAUGAUUUUGUAAAAUUAUUAGAGUUAUCUUAUAUAAUCUAUGGAGAGGAAAAAUAUCUUGAGGCUAUUGAAGAACUAAGACCUGUGUCGAAAGCUGAACAAGCAGCAGGGUUUAAACUUGCAAAGUGGGAAGAUAAUUAUCUUUGUAAUUUAGCCAUGAUGACAAAUAGGAUGUUAUGGAGCU